GCAUGUUCAUGUCAAUAAUCUUUGAGGUAUUGACCAGCAUAAGCUACUGGGAGAAUCUCUGCUUGUUCAUCUCGAAGAUCUCUGCGGCAUUGACCAGUGUUACCCAUGGUUGCUUAGGAUGGAUCAAUUUGCUCGCUCCAUGUGUCCAAACUGUUCCGUCUUACCUGCCUAAAUCGUUCUCAAAUGGUGCCAUCAACUUAACGAAUUACUGGGGAAGCUUUUCGCUCUUGGGCGUGUUGUGUGGGGCCGUGAUAAUUUGGCAGUGUUGCUUCAGGGCUGUACUUCGUAAGGAAUCGUUAGGGGGUAAGUGACUGAGGGACUGAUUGUCGACUGAUAUUGUAAGACUUGCAGACUUUUCGACCGAUUUGCCGAAUUACUUACUGACUAUCUGGUGGACUGACAGACCGACCUUGUGACUGAGAAAUUGACGGCUGUCUAAAAGGCCGAAAAAAGUCUGUCUGAUUGACUUAGUGCUCGACUGACCGAGUGACUGAAUAGCUGACUGAGUGAUUGAUUGGUUUGUCUCUUUAGUAGCAGGUCACAUUCACGAGGAAAGCCCAGCUGUGCCCAUUUGCCUAAAAUUUCUCCUCAGAAAAUGCUCGGAGGGCACAGAAUGCCCAGAGCAUCAUUGUUUUCUGCCUUAUCAUUGGCAAUAUAAUGUAUCCAGUGGAGUUGAAUGGAAAAACUUCAGUGAGAAAGACAACUUAGCGUUGGAAAAGCUGUACUGUGACGUGAACGUAGAGGGACCAGUUAAAUUGAACCUAGCCCAAGCAAUUGCAAGGUAGGUUCUUUUCCUAAUGCGAUCCUCCCUGGGCCGUAACACUUAUGCGCAAAUGAAAUAGGGUAUUGUAUUGUAAGUAACGUGCGUGAAUAUAGGUAAGUGAAAUAUCCGAAGGUUAAAACCACAAGUAAUGUAUCAUAUAUAAGUGGUGAGGGGCAAAUAAAAAUUCUUGAUUAUAACGCGCACGUAGUAGUUGGUAAUUGUGAUUGGUCACUUUGACGAGUUAGUUACAUAAUGUUACAAUACAGGGGGCGGGGAUCCAGGGGAAGUCGGUACGUACCUCCCCUCCCUCCAACCCCCUCCCCUCUCACCAGACACCAAAGUUUUCCCAAUGUGAGAAUGCAUGGUGAAGUGCAGCAGUGUGUUAAUCCAAUAGAAAAUUCUCACAGCGUUUGCGUUUGCGUUUGCGUUUGCGUUUUGUAGCGACUUAUACUGCAAAUGAAUGCCACAGCUUACACUCCUACUUCUCUCAACAGAUGUAAAGUAUUCUGGUAAUACCAAAAUAAUCUUUGAUUUUCCUUCUUUAUGAUAAUUCGUAGUGAUGGAAAGACUUUGCCACCAUGGGAAUGUGAAGUCUCAAUCGACGUUAACAGCAUGACCUUGUCAUUAAAACCAACGGCAGGAAUUUGCGCUGCAGGCUAUGGCUCUGGAAAAUUAAGGCGCUUUGCCACUCCACCUUGCUCCACAAACCCAGGUCACCCUCUCUCCACGAACUGGAGAUGGUAUUGGGAAGAUAAUGGCGGCGUCUGGUGUAUGUACGAGAAGGACCACUUGGUAAAUUGUACUUUUAUAGUGUAUCUUUAGACUGUGUUUGAAAUCUUAGAGAGCCCAGAACAUUCAUAUGUCAGGUUUUAUAUUGUUUCCUUUCAUCGUCCUCCUCAUCGCUAGACGUUACUUUCUGAUUUCACUUCGUAUUUUACAAGCUAUCGUAAUCGCAAAACUCUUCUUAAAAGAUACAAAGUAUUUGGUAUUUUUCCCUUAUGAAAUAUCUCUCAAAUGUAUCUGAAGUUUAAAUCAUAAUUCCUGUAAAACCGAUUAAAGAUAAAUUCAAGUAGUAUUGCAUGAUGGCUGCCUAUUUGAACACUUUGAAAAACUCUAUUAAAAAUAUCGCAUUAUGGCACCCACUAUAAUUCUAUAAAAUCAACAAAUGAGAUGUCAAUUCCUAAAGAGAACUAGCUACAUCUUACUCGACAGUGUUAGUUGAUCCGCAUUAAUAUCGACUCACAUUUUGUUUUUAAGGGAAGAAAUCUACAAGAACUGAUAGAGCACGCUUUCCUUGAAGGGUUGAAGCAAAAUGAGACAGACUAUACGUUCAAUUUCAAAGUCAAAGCUCAUGAGUACUACUUGGUCUUUCAUUCAGAGAAAGGCAUGCACCAAGUAAACAUGCAAUACGGUACCAAAAGAAAGGUGAAACGAAGACCAGAAAGAUUUAUAUCACCUGAAGAAAUGACCGUCUUUAAAAGGUAA